UGGGCCAGCCUACUCCCUCUACCCCCCAGAAACUUCAGGAGUCCUCUGGCAGAUGUUGCAGAAGAAACGCAGACAGCUAGUGGCCAGAAUCUGAUCCCAGUUUGUCAUUUUUCCCCCUUGGUGUCAGUUUCACUACUAAUUGUAUUUCUACAGCCAGCUUUAGAGAACUUUGAGGACUGUUGAGUAUCUGAAAACUUACACAUGGAUGGAUGAUCUUCAACUCUUCAGAGAACCAAAUUCUUCCUUCCAUCUCAAAAAAGCUUUGGCUGUUGGAAAUAUCUCAGUGAGCCCUGCUUGAAAGAGACUCUCUUGUGUUCCACUUCCAAGCAUGAAGGUGAAGAACUUUGAAGCUUGGGAUUAUGUUGUGUUUGCAGGUCUCUUCGUCAUUUCCUCUGGAAUUGGCGUCUUCUUUGCCAUAAAGGAGAGAAAAAAGACAACAUCUCGGGAAUUCUUAGUAGGAGGAAGGCAAAUGAGCUUUGGCCCUGUAGCUUUGUCUCUGACAGCCAGCUUCAUGUCAGCUGUCACUGUCCUGGGGACUCCUGCUGAAGUCUACCGCUUUGGGGCAUCCUUCUUCCUUUUCCUCAUUUCAUAUGUAUUCGUGGUCUUUUUCACAUCUGAGCUCUUUCUUCCUGUGUUCUACAGAUCUGGCAUCACAAGCACCUAUGAGUAUUUACAGCUACGAUUCAACAAGCCAGUUCGAUAUGCAGCAACCAUUAUCUACAUCGUGCAGACGAUUCUCUAUACUGGAGUCGUGGUCUACGCCCCUGCUCUGGCUCUCAACCAAGUGACUGGUUUUAAUCUAUGGGCCUCUGUGUUUGCAACAGGAAUCGUUUGCACAUUCUACUGUAGUUUGGGAGGUUUAAAAGCAGUGGUGUGGACAGAUGCAUUUCAGAUGGUUGUCAUGAUUGUGGGCUUCUUAACAGUCCUCAUCCAAGGAUCAAAUCAUGUUGGUGGCUUCAACAACGUGUUAGAAAAAGCACGAAACGGAUCCCGGCUACACAUUGUUGACUUUGAUGUAGAUCCUCUCAGACGGCACACUUUUUGGACAAUUACAAUAGGAGGAACUUUUACUUGGCUUGGAGUCUACGGAGUGAACCAAUCAACCAUCCAGAGAUGCAUCUCUUGCAAAACAGAAAAGCAUGCUAAGCUUGCCUUGUACUUUAACUUGUUGGGUCUCUGGAUAAUUGUGUCGUGUGCUGUCUUCUCUGGCUUGAUCAUGUACUCCCACUUCAAGGAUUGUGACCCUUGGACUUCUCGUGUUAUUUCAGCACCGGACCAGCUGAUGCCAUAUUUUGUCAUGGAGAUUUUUGCAACUAUGCCAGGGCUUCCAGGACUUUUUGUGGCUUGUGCCUUUAGUGGAACUCUGAGCACAGUGGCUGCCAGCAUCAAUGCCUUAGCAACAGUGACCUUUGAGGAUUUUGUCAAGAGCUGUUUUCCACACCUCUCCGACACGCUGAGUACCUGGAUCAGUAAAGGCUUAUGUAUCCUUUUUGGUAUUUUGUGUACCUCCAUGGCUGUGGUUGCAUCCCUCAUGGGGAGUGUUGUACAGGCUGCCCUCAGCAUCCAUGGCAUGUGUGGGGGACCGAUGCUAGGUUUAUUCACUUUGGGACUCGUGUUUCCUUUUGUAAACUGGAAGGGUGCUCUAGGAGGACUUCUUACUGGAAUCACGUUGUCAUUCUGGGUGGCCAUUGGAUCUUUCAUUUACCCUGCACCAGAAUCUAAGACAUUACCUUUACCUCUAUCAACAGACCAUUGUGUCGAACUAAAUAUAACAACAACAGUAGCUCCACAGAUUUCCAGCAGACCUGUCCUAGCUGACACGUGGUACUCACUCUCCUACCUUUACUUCAGUGCUGUGGGCUGCCUGGGAUGUAUAGCUGCUGGAAUAAUCAUCAGCUUCCUCACAGGCAAGCAAAGAGGCAAAGACAUUGAUCCACUUUUAAUAAGACCAGUUUGCAAUUUAUUUUGCUUUUGGUCUAAGAAAUACAAAACUCUGUGUUGGUGUGGAGUUCAGCAUGACCGGGAAACAGAGCAGGAUUACCCUGACAGUGGCAGUGCCUGGAAACAAGGGGUUGAAUCUGGCCUACAGAAUGGACUCAAGCAAGACACCUUGGCUCAGAUUCCAGGCUACAACCCCAAAGAAAAAAGCUACAGCAACAGAGUGCCAGUGAAGACCACUUAUUUCUAGGAGAAUACAUGAGACAGAUAUCUUUACACACAUGCAUGCAUGCACUUCAUGUCACUUCCUGCUGUAGCCUUGUGUACAGAUUCUUGUCAGAAAAGAGGAAUGUCCAAUACCUAUUUAUACUUAUUUAUAGAAGUGAUAUGACUCAGGAUGUUCUUUGGGAAGACCAAAUUCAGGUAAGAAAAAUCAGCUAAGUCCUGAAGUGCUUAGUGCUACAUGACUCAACAGGACUGACUUUGAUUGUGAUGAAAGGAGUUAAAGUUUCCUUGAUUCUUGUCAAAUUAGAACUCUGGGUUUAUUGUCUAUUUAUUUGUAGGCUUUUGUUUUGUUUUGGUGCUGAGAAUUAAGCACAGGUCCUUGCUCUUGCAAAAUAUCUGCCUGACCACUUACCCUAGUCUACCUUUUAAAGUUUUAACCAUCAGAACAUCGUGGUGAGUUAGAGGACAAACAUAAAUGGGAAUCUGCAGCUUCAAUGCUGCUCUGACAAGGCUGAUAAAAUAGGAAUGACAUCAUCUCAAAGCUCACAUCUCACAUGUAUGUCGACACAUAGACAGAACCAUGCCCACCUUGUGGCCACAGCUAGAACACUUUACUUCUCUGAGUAUCCUCCCAGUGCCUCUGUUAUGCAUUCCAUUAGUCAUUUAUGCUGAGCUAUUAUGACCACACUUUAAGGGCAAUUGUACUAAGUACAAGGGGAGAAAAAUUAGUCUUCACAGUGGGAGCCAUCACAUAUAAAUAUGCUAUUCACUUUGUAUUGUUGAAGCAGUGUUUCUUAAUUUCUGUCAUUUAAAAAUGAUAAACUGGAGCUGGACACAUGGCUCAGCAGUUAAGAGAACUUGUUACUCUUCCCAAGGACCUGUGUUCAAUUCCCAGCACCUAAGUUGAGUAGCUUAUAACUGCCCAUAACUGUAGCUCUCAAGGUAAUCUGAUAUCUUUUUGUGACCUUCAUUGACAUUCACAUUCCUGUGCACAUACUUACACAUAGAUGCAUACACAUAAUAAAUAAUUAAAACAUUUUAAGUGGAAAAAGUCAAUGCAUAUCCAGAAGUUAAGAAUCUAAUGUACAAAGUUUAAUAAAGGGGAAGUCGGGAAGUCAUUCUUUAUUGAAAGCUGUGAGGUCAGAUAGUAUAUUUUAAACGAACCCUGAAAGAACAUACCGUUUACAGCAGAGAUCAUUAGCCAUAGAGUCUUACAAAUUAUCCAAAGAACUCAUCCAGGUUACAUGUGCAAGCUUAAGUCACGCCCUCAGAUUCAAGCACUAUAUUAGUUUUAGUCUGGAAAAGAACUUCAAAGUUCUGGAGCAGAUCUCAUCCAAACUGCUUUAUGUAGAAGCAGAAGGAAAUUUGAAAAAAAAAAAACAAAACAUAUUGUACUAUAGGCAGCUGGCACCUAAAAGAUGGCGCCGGUCUCCGCAUCGGUCGCUGCCAAUACCUCUGCACAGGCGCUAGCCCGAAUCUGGUGCCAACCUCUCCAAAGCGGGUGCAUGCAAAUUAAGGUGCCACAGACUGACCAAUCCGAGGAGGACACAUAGCCCUCCCCAGUGCUGGGGUGUAUAUAAGGAGUCCUCCCUGGGUUCCCCGGGUUCCCAUAGCAUCGAGUCGUUCCUGGAAUAAAGCUGUUGGGAAGAAUCUGA